AUGAUUCACACACCAAUGCCCCCACAAUUGAGUGGGUCUUUUGUCUCUGGUUUGAUUAGUGAGGAAUCUGGUACAUGGGAUCACUCCAUUUUAACUGACAUAUUUUUAUCGAAUGAUGUGAUUCGUAUUAUGAAAAUUCCUAUCUCCCCCAAUUAUGAUGAUUCUUGGUACUGGUUUGGUGACCCGAGGGGAUGCUAUUCGGUCAAAAAUGGUUAUAGAGCCAUAGUUGGGGAUUACACUAAUCCCCACAAUAGCUUUGAUCAAUGGAACCUCAUGUGGAAAUUGAAAGUCCCCCUUAAGUGGAAAUUGUUUCUUUGGAGAGCCCUGAAUAAUAUCCUCCCGGUCACCACUAAUUUGAUUUUAAAGAGAGUGGAGGUGGAGCCUGCAUGCCCAGUGUGUGCAAAUGUUCAUAUGCAUGUCCUAUUAUUGUGUGACUUCUCCCAAUUAGUUUGGCAUGAGUCACUUUUGCCUAUCACUAACUUUGGGGCCAACAGCUUUCAUGAGUGGUAUACAAGUACUUGGUCAAUCCUAACAACUGAUCAAUUAUGCAUGACAGUGGCACUCUUAUAUCAUAUUUGGCGGGGCCGCAACAAUGCAGUAUGGAAUGGUUUUCUUCCAACACCAAAGAAAGUUGUGGCAGCAGCACUAACCACACUCCAUGCAUGGCAAGCGGCGAACUGUGGCAACCAGUCUUCAUCGACGUUACCGCCACCGGCCAACGUGGCAUCACAGCAGCUUGCAGAAGGCUUUCCAGAUCGUCACAAAUGCUUCUUCAAUGCGGGAUACAAUCCGACGUCUCACAAAGCAACGUUCGGUGCUGUUCUAAUGUCGUCAACGGGGAACUUUGUGGCUGCCUGUGCUGGUCCUCUUCACGAUAGCUUCUCUCCACUCAUGGCCGAGACUAUCGCAUGUAAAGAGGUGUUGUCAUGGCUUAAAGGCAGGGAGGUUCUCGCUGUUGAUGUUCACACAGAUUGUAUGCAGCUCUGUAGUGGAUUAAACUCAAGUCUAUCUCCUUAUUAUUCUUAUGCAGGUUUAUUCUUAGACGAUUGCAGGAGGUUAGCUUCAGAUUUUAUGUCUUGUCGUUACGAUUGCAGGAGGUUAGCUUCAGAUUUUAUGUCUUGUCGUUUUUGUUUUACUCCGAGAUCACAAAAUGUGAUUGCUCAUUCUUUAGCAUCUGCGGCCGUUUCACAGGCUAGCACGUUGUACUGGGACUCAGUCCCACCCGUUUCACAGGCUAGCACGUUGUACUGGGACUCAGUCCCACCUGACUCUAUUAUUUCUUUUCUAUAA